AUGGGUAGAUAUCUUGCCUGCAAGAACUUCAGACCACAAGCCUAUUCUGGUUCAUGUGGUGAAAGGAAGAAGGAGGAGUUGGGUGAGAAAGAAAGUCAAAAGGCUUUACUGAGAUGGGAUAGUAAAAAAAGGAGAGGGGGAGAAAGGGAAAUAGAGGAAAAAACAGCAAGACUGAAGCAACUUCAGGCAGCUGAAAGUUACCAAAACGUUAUUGAGAUAAGAAAGGUCAAAGAGGAGGUGAGUAAGCUGUUGGAACAGGAGGAUAUAAGAUUCAAGAAAGUGUUGGCUGUGAUCAUUGAACCAACUCAGUGUGCUUUUCUACCUGGAAGGCUCAUCUCGGAUAAUGUCAUGGUGGCAUAUGAGUUGAUUCACUCUAUGAAAACCAGAAAGAGGGGCAAAGUGGGGAAUAUGGCAGUCAAAUUAGACAUGUCUAAAGCUUAUGAUCGCAUAGAAUGGGUGUUCCUGGAAGCUGUCAUGAAAAAGCUUGGGUUUUGUGAGAGAUGGACCAGCCUGAUAAUGAAGUGUGUUUCCUCAGUGACCUAUUCAGUCCUUAUUAAUGGGCAGCCUGGUGAGAAAUUUAGUCCUUCAAGGGGUUUAAGACAGGGUGAUCUCUUAUCACCCUAUCUCUUAAUCUUGUGUGCUGAAGGACUCAGCUACCUUCUGAAUAAUGCAGAGAGGAUGGGGGUCAUUAGAGGGGUUAAAGUGAUACGGGGUGGCACUUCUAUAAAUCAUCUGUUAUUUGCAGAUAACUGUAUACUGUUUGGUAGAGCAACUAUGGAGGAAUGGAAUAGAUUGCAAGGGAUCCUAAAAGUGUAUGAGAAGGCCUCGGGGCAGUUUCUAAACAAAGAAAAAACUUCAGUUUUCUAUAGCACUAACACACCUGGGGUUGUAAAGAGCAGUAUAUUUGCAGCAGGAAAUUCAGUUGCUUGUGGGAGUUAUGAGAGAUAUCUUGGGUUACCAGCAGUAGUGGGAAGAUCAAAGUUUAACACCUUUAGAGUGUUGAAGGACAAAAUAUGGCAAAAGAUAGCCAAUUGGAAGAACAACUUCCUGUUACAAGCAGGAAAAGAAGUGAUGAUUAAAGUAGUUUUACAGGCAAUCCCUACAUAUACUAUGAGCGUGUUCAAGCUGCCCAUAAAAUUGUGUAAUGAGAUUAAUAGUAUGUUCUCCAAGUUCUGGUGGGGAAAUCAUCAAAAGGAAGGGGGAUUCAUUGGAGGAAAUGGGAAAAAAUGGCUAGCCAGAAAGGGAAGAGGGUUAUGGGAAAAGCUAUUAGAAGGUUUAGACAAAAACAGGCUAGAGGAAGUGGUUGUGCAGAUCAGAAGAGUCUGGCUUAGAAGGAGCACUUAUGUGUUUGAAAACAAACUCACAUGCCCGAGAAGAUUAGUCUCAGCUGCAACAGAGGCCUUAGAGGAAUUCAAAAGAGCCAAUAGAAGACAAGGGGCAGUAAACCAGCAAGAUCAUAGACUAAUUAGUAGAGCAAGGUGGGUCAAGCCCUCAGCAGAGUUUGUCAAGGUGAACUGGGACGCCUUCACAGAUCUUAAGAGGAGGAGAAUGGGCAUGGGGGUGAUCAUGAGAGAUGAGAAUGCAUUUCCUUUGCUGGCAAAAGUUAUAUUCGAGGGUGAUGCAAAGGCAAUUAUAGAAGUUGUGAAGAACAAUGAAGAGGAUUGGUCUGAUAUAGGUCCUUUAAUUGAGGAUAUUAGAAAUGUUUUUUCAAAUAGGAAGGAUUGGUUUAUACAGUUUGACUAUAGAGAAAGAAAUAUUGUUGCACAUAAUUUGGCCAAAGCUGCUUUGAAUUUUGAUGAGGAAAGAGUUUGGUUAGAAGAGGUCCCAGAUUGUAUAGUUGAUAGUUUGGAACAAGACAAAAUUUGUAAGAAUUGA